UGCAACUCACCGUGGUCCUGAGUCAAUAAAUUUUCCUUGCGGCGCGCCUGGUCGAGGUCCAACGAAAGACAGAAAACGAAGACGACAAAACGAAAACACAUUUCUCUUUCCUUUAUAGAUAUGGCUGGAGAUCAGAAAUCGUUUCACUUUGAUGAGGUUUCGAAACACAACGCCACAAAGGAUUGCUGGCUUAUCAUCCAUGGAAAGGUGUAUGAUGUGACCUCAUUUAUGGAUGAACACCCUGGUGGUGAUGAAGUUUUGUUAGCAGCAACUGGGAAAGAUGCAACAAAUGAUUUUGAGGAUGUUGGCCACAGUGACAUCGCAAGGGAUAUGAUUCAUAAAUAUUAUAUAGGAGAGAUUGAUGCUUCUACUGUUCCAGCAAAGCGCGCCUAUAUUCAACCCCAGCAAGCGCCAUACAAUCCAGAUAAAACCUCAGACUUUAUCAUCAAGAUAUUGCAGUUCCUGGUUCCUAUCAUGAUUCUGGGCCUUGCCGUUGCAGUCAGAUACUACACCAAAGCAGAGUAAGAAAGACUUCUGUUUUCAAAGUUAAAAAGAAAUUCAUGUACUCCACUUAAAUCUAGAGAAAAUCUGUUGAUUAAAACAGACUUUAUUUAACUGGAUUGCAUGGGUUGGUUGGAUUUAUGUUCUUUUCAUUCGUUUAGUGCUGCAGUGGAGUUGAUGUUUUGAAUCAAUCAAUGGAUUUGACUUGUGUUUA